AUCGGGGGAGGGGGGAGGGAGAGAGAGGCGCGAGCUCCGGUUGUCCGUCGGUCGAGGGAGAAGGGAGCAGGAAGGAGAAGAAGUCUGUGUCUGGAGGGAGGUUUGUUGGCUUUGGUUGAGGAGUUGAAGGGGGUGGGGAUAGAGAAAUUUGGAGCUGUAGCUGUUGUGAAUCAGCUCGCUGAUCUGCGGAAACUGGGGCUGAGCUUUGGUUCUAUUUGAUGAGCUGAGGAUCGCGGGGGUGUUUGCCAACUAAUGGCUCAGCCAGUGCAAAUAAUUGUGGGUUCUCAUGUUUGGGUUGAAGAUCCUGUUCUUGCAUGGAUUGAUGGAGAAGUUACUUCAAUUAAAGGUCAUGAGGUCCAUGUCAAGACAAAAAAUGGAAAGACGGUAAGUGCAUCAUCAUCAAAUGCAUGCCAUACUCGGAACUGUAAACAUCUGGUGGUCACGACAAAUGUAUCGAAAGUAUACCCGAAGGAUACUGAGGCUCCACCUGGAGGUGUGGAUGACAUGACAAAGCUUUCUUACUUGCAUGAACCUGGAGUGCUGCAGAACCUAGCUACGAGAUAUCAACUCAAUGAGAUUUAUACCUACACAGGAAACAUACUUAUUGCUGUUAAUCCAUUUCAAAGAUUGCCUCACCUAUAUGACACCCACAUGAUGGAACAAUAUAAGGGAGCUGAUUUUGGGGAAUUGAGUCCUCAUGUAUUUGCAGUUGGUGAUGCUGCAUACAGGGCUAUGAUCAAUGAAGGAAAGAGCAAUUCGAUUCUGGUCAGUGGAGAAAGUGGGGCUGGUAAAACAGAGACGACAAAGAUGCUCAUGAGAUAUCUUGCACACUUGGGGGGGCGAUCAGGAGUUGAAGGAAGAACCGUGGAACAGCAAGUUCUAGAGUCAAAUCCUGUUCUUGAAGCAUUUGGCAAUGCAAAGACAGUCAGGAACAACAACUCAAGUCGGUUUGGUAAAUUUGUUGAGAUUCAAUUCGACAAAAAUGGGCGAAUUUCGGGGGCUGCUAUCAGAACUUAUCUACUUGAAAGGUCACGCGUUUGUCAGAUUUCCAACCCCGAGAGAAACUACCAUUGCUUUUACCUUCUUUGUGCUGCUCCAGAGGAGGAUGUUGCAAGGUAUAAGCUAGGAAGCCCUAAAUCUUAUCACUACUUGAAUCAAUCCAGUUGCUAUGAGUUAGAAGGUGUAAAUGAUGCUCAUGAAUAUCUCGCAACAAGGAGGGCUAUGGAUAUAGUUGGAAUCAAUGAGGAGGAACAGGAGGCAAUUUUCAGGGUUGUGGCAGCAAUCCUUCAUCUUGGAAACAUUGAUUUUGCCAAGGGAAAGGAGAUUGAUUCUUCGGUGAUAAAGGAUGAGAAGUCGAGAUUUCAUCUUAAUACCACAGCAGAACUUCUUAGAUGUGAUGCCCAAAGCUUGGAAGAUGCUCUGAUCAAACGUGAAAUGGUGACACCUGAAGAAGUUAUCACGAGAACUCUUGAUCCUGUUAAUGCAGUUGGUAGCAGAGAUGCGUUAGCCAAGACAUUAUACUCUCGCUUGUUUGAUUGGAUUGUUGAAAAAAUUAACCUUUCAAUCGGGCAGGAUCCAACAUCAAAGUCCCUGAUUGGAGUUCUUGAUAUCUAUGGUUUUGAAAGUUUUAAAUCCAACAGUUUUGAGCAGUUUUGUAUAAACUUCACCAAUGAGAAGCUGCAACAACAUUUUAAUCAGCAUGUCUUCAAAAUGGAGCAGGAAGAGUAUAGUAAAGAAGAGAUAAAUUGGAGCUAUAUCGAGUUUGUUGAUAAUCAAGAUGUAUUGGAUUUAAUUGAAAAGAAGCCCGGAGGGAUUAUUGCUCUUCUUGAUGAGGCCUGUAUGUUUCCCAAAUCUACCCAUGAAACAUUUGCCCAGAAGUUGUACCAGACUUUUAAAAGCAACAAACGUUUUAUCAAACCAAAGCUCUCUCGUACUGAUUUUACUAUAUUACACUAUGCAGGGGAGGUUGCCUACCAGGCCAAUCUAUUUCUGGAAAAAAAUAAAGAUUAUGUGGUGGCUGAACAUCAGGCAUUGCUUACUGCCUCAAAGUGCCCAUUUGCGGCAGGUUUAUUCCCCCCACUUCCAGAAGAAUCGUCCAAAUCUUCUAAGUUUUCUUCUAUUGGAUCCCGUUUCAAGCUGCAACUUCAUUCUCUAAUGGAGACGCUGAGUUCGACUGAACCUCACUACAUCAGAUGCGUGAAGCCAAAUAAUGUUCUGAAACCUGGUAUAUUUGAAAACGUCAAUGUCAUCCAACAGUUACGUUGUGGUGGCGUCCUUGAGGCAAUUAGGAUAAGCUGUGCUGGAUAUCCUACCAGGCGUACCUUUUAUGACUUUCUUGAUCGCUUCAGUGUUCUAUCUCCAGAAGUUUUAGAAGGGAACUACAAUGAUAAAGUUGCUUGUCAAAUGAUCCUUGAUAAGAAGGGAUUGAAAGGUUACCAGAUGGGGAAGACCAAAGUUUUUCUCAGAGCAGGUCAAAUGGCAGAGCUAGAUGCUAGGAGGUCUGAGGUACUUGGAAAUGCAGCCAGAACCAUUCAGCUGCGAAUACGAACUUAUAUGACACAAAAACAGUUUAUUGCGUUACGUGAGGCUUCUAUCACAAUGCAGUCUUACUGCCGAGGCAGAAUGGCUCGUGAACUUUACGAGCAGUUAAGAAGAGAAGCUGGUGCACUGAAGAUCCAGAAGAAUUUCAGGGCCUUCAUUGCAAGAAAAUCUCACUUGAAACUAAGGUCAUGUGCUGUCGUAUUGCAGACGGGAUAUAGGGGAAUGAUUGCUAGGAAUGAGUUCAGAUUCAGAAAACAGACCAAAGCUUCCGUCGUCAUCCAGGCUCAUUGGCGGUGUCACCAAGCAUAUUGUUAUUAUAAGAGUCUCCAGAAAGCUGCAAUUGUUGCUCAAUGUGGAUGGAGAGGCAGAGUUGCAAGAAGAGAGCUCAGAAAUCUCAGAAUGGCUGCACGAGAAACCGGUGCUCUUAAAGAAGCAAAGGACAAGCUAGAAAAACGUGUUGAGGAGCUUACAUGGCGUCUACAACUUGAAAAGCGAUUAAGGAUUGAUCUUGAGGAGGCCAAAGCCCAGGAAUUUGCCAAGUUGCAGGACACAAUAAAUGCUUUGCGAUUAAAGGUGGAAGAAGCCAACUCUAUGGUCAUUAAAGAGCGAGAACUAGCCAGGAAGGCUAUAGAAGAAGCACCUCCAGUUGUGAAGGAAACCCCUGUCAUUGUUCAAGAUACAGAAAAGAUCAAUUCAUUGACAGCUGAGGUUGAAAAGUUUAAGGCUUUGUUGAUAAAGGAGACACAAACAGCAGAGAAUGCAAAAAAAGCUACUGCUCUUGCUGAGGCCAAAAACAGUGACUUGAUUAAGAAGCUUGAGGAUUCAGAGAAGAAGGCGGAUGAACAACAUAUUUUAGUGCAGAGGCUUGAAGAGAAGCUCUCUAAUUUGGAAUCAGAAAAUCAGGUACUGCGCCAACAGGCACUCGUCAUAUCACCAGCUGGCAAAGCUGUGUCUGUGAGAUCAAAGACAACAAUCAUUCAAAGAAAUCCAGAAAACAAUACUGCUCUAAAUGGAGAAAUUCGAAAAGCUCUGGCACAGGAUUCGGUACUUUCUCUCCCUCCUUCACGGGAACCUGAGACAGAGGAAAAGCCACAGAAAUCUCUCAAUGAGAAGCAGCAGGAGAAUCAAGAUAUCCUUAUAAAGUGUAUCUCGGAAGAUCUAGGGUUCUCUGGGGGCAGGCCUGUUGCUGCUUGUCUCAUAUUCAAAUGCCUUCUGCACUGGAGAUCAUUUGAAGUUGAGAGAACUGGGAUUUUUGACCGUAUCAUUCAAACAAUUGGCUCAGCAAUUGAGGUGCAGGAUAACAACGAUGUAUUGGCUUAUUGGUUGUCCAAUGCGUCAACGUUGCUGCUACUCUUACAGCGUACACUAAAGGCAAGUGGAGCGGCAAGCUUGACUCCACAGCGGCGAAGGACAUCAGCUUCUCUAUUUGGAAGGGUGUCUCAAGGUCUACGAGCUUCUCCACAAAGUGUUGGAUUCUCAUUUCUUAAUGGUCGGAUGCUUGGUGGUGGCCCUGACAACUUGCGACAAGUUGAAGCCAAGUAUCCAGCUUUGCUUUUCAAGCAACAACUUACAGCUUUUCUGGAGAAGAUAUAUGGACUGAUUAGAGAUAAUCUGAAGAAAGAGAUCUCCCCCUUGCUGGGACAAUGUAUUCAGGCACCUAGAACAUCACGUGCUAGCAUGGUGAAGGGGCGUUCUCAGGCCAAUGCUGCUGCUCUUCAAGCUUUAAUUGCUCAUUGGAAAAGUAUAGUGAACAGCCUAAACAAUUGCUUGAAGACAAUGAGAGCCAAUUAUGUGCUGCCAUUAAUUGUCCGAAAGAUUUUCACUCAGAUAUUUUCAUUUAUUAAUGUCCAAUUAUUUAACAGUCUUCUCUUGAGGCGUGAAUGUUGCUCCUUUAGCAAUGGGGAGUAUGUAAAAACAGGGCUUGCUGAGUUGGAUCAGUGGUGCCAUGAGGCAACUGAGGAGUUUGUGGGAUCAGCUUUGGAUGAAUUAAAGCACAUCAGACAAGCAGUUGGCUUCCUGGUUAUACAUCAAAAACCAAAGAAGAGCUUGAAAGAGAUUACCAAUGAUCUUUGUCCUGUUCUUAGCAUUCAGCAAUUAUACAGGAUCAGUACAAUGUACUGGGAUGACAAAUACGGCACCCAUAGUGUAUCGACAGAUGUCAUUUCAACGAUGAGAGUUAUGAUGACAGAGGAUUCCAACAACGCCGUAAGCAGUUCUUUCCUAUUGGAUGAUGAUUCGAGCAUCCCGUUCACGGUGGAAGACAUUUCAAAGUCGAUCGAACAGAUCGAAGUGCCUGAAAUUGAACCUCCGCCUCUAAUUCGUGCGAAUUCAGGCUUUACGUUCUUGCUACAACGGGCAGAAUGAUUGUAGCUCCUAUCACGAGGCUGCUCUUCCACUGCAAGAUUGCUUCUGCUUCGUAAAUGUAAAUAUGACCGCUGUUCAUGGCUCUUUUGUACAUGCAUUCUUUUAAUCUUUAAAAAAGCUCGGGUUGGUAUCCGCCGCCCAGGUCAUAGGCUGUCUUCUGUUUAGUUAGGCAGCAGCGGUGGCGUUUUUUUGGUCACUGCUGGUCUGUAUUAAAGUGUCUGUACCAUACAUGUAGUUCUUGAUAUCUUGAAGAUGGUCAAAUAUAUAUUCCUUUGUAAA